AGUCCCAAACGGUCCAAAUCCCACAAAGGAAACAGUAAGCAAAAAAAAGGCAAAAAAUAUCACAACAUUCUAUGUAGAGAGUAUCUUAUAUAGAAGAUUCAGAACAAGAUCUCUCUUAGAUAUGGCUAUGUCCAAAGUAGAAGAAGAAGAAGAGACAGAGAGGUCUGUUAUGGGCACUACAAAAGUGGUGUACUACUUAGAACCAUUAGUGUCAAAAGAGCUUCUCUGCAAAUUCCCUGACAAGUCAUCGGCUUUCGACUUCGACUACACGCAGAGCUCAAUAUGGUCCCCUUUGGUCCCUCGGGCUUACAGUGCCAUGGACUUGGAUUCUGAUUUUGAAGAUUUGGAUUUCAUGACACCCAAAAAUAGAAAGAUCUCAUUUGGUGGUGGUGCUAUGGUGUUGAGCAACAAAACCAAGUUGAAGAAAGUCACUUCCAACAUCAAGAAGAAGCUCAACAUCAAUCUUAAUCUUAAUGUUUUGAAGAUGAAGCACAUGCACAAGAACAAAACCAAGGCAUCUGAGUUCUCCCCAACUCCUCUGAAGCCCACUUUUACUUGUUUCCCACACACCACAAAGGCUUGGACUAAGGCGUUGAAAGUUGCCUCUAAACAUUUCAAGAAAAAGAAGAAGAAAGAUCCACGGCCCAUUUCAAGAUGAUUAUUCAAUUGGAAAUUUCUCUCUUUUUAGUCAAUUCAUUCAAAUCUGUAUUGCCCUUGCAGCGAGCAGGUACACCGUACGUACAUUACUAUCAUGUCAUUGAAAAGUAUAAAACUAUUAUUAAUUCUUGUAAUGCAUAAUAUUUGAAAUAGUAACGGCUAGUUGGGGUUGCGUGGGAUGAAAGUAUUCCUCUGAGUCGGUGAUAACAAAACAGAGAGUGAGAGUUUCUCCGUCUCCGUGCGGGAGUCGGAGAGUGAUGUAGUAAAUUUUUGUAUAUAUAUAUCUAUCCCACUUUGGCAAGAAAAAACCUAAACGCAAAAAUACUUUCUCUUGAAGAUUUCAGUACGCAAAAAUACUCUCUCCUGAAGAUUUCGGUAGUCAUGGCUAUGGCUAUGCUUUUGGGUUUAGAUGCAAGAACUCGUGUGGCUAUGGGUUUAGAUCCUAACCCUCGUAUGGGUUUGAAGAAGUCUCUCUCUUCUGCUUCUGCUUCUGCUUCUGCUUCUGGGUUUCCUUCAAAGCAGCAAGAUGAUGGUAACAAGAAGGAAGCGAUCUCAACGUUGUCUUCUGCUGCCGAGAAUGGUGAAAAGAAAGAGAGGAUUGUGGUCAAGAUUAAUUUGGCUGCAUGGCGGCAAAGGAAAGCGCAAAAGGAGGAAGAGGAGAAGAGGAAGUCAUUGGAGUUGAAACUUGAAGCAUCAAAAAGAAAGCUACAACUUGGAUACCAACAAGUUCAAAAGGCCAAAAGAAAGAUUCAAUUGGUGGAUUUGAGAGACAUCCCUAAGCCUGAGCCAGAGAUUAAUCUUUCCAAGAAAUCCAAGUGCUAUCACCGUCAUUGAUGAUGAUCUACAUGUUGAUGAUGAUUCUUUUUGUAUAUGAUUUUUUAAUUCUUUGUACUUAUAGUUCAUGAAGUAAUCAAGAUGAUAAUUUUACCAUUUUA